GCUCUGACUGUUGUUGCAGCGCGGGUGUAUUUUGUCGCGGCACAGAUAUGGGUACACAUGUAUGCAGAAAACAGAUGUGGAGAUGUAUGUGGAGAUGGAGUGUUUGUCCUGUGGCAGUGAGCAGAGGUCAUAUGCCAUUCUGCUCCACACAACCCCAUCAAGCAAAUCCAUCUCACAGUGGUCAGGUCACCCACAGAUCUGGAAAUCAGCCCACCCUGUGCUCUUUGGUCGAGAUGGGCUUCUCAGAAACUCAAGCCAAGGAGCUGCAUGAAGGUGCUACGAAGAACCGUGGGAAACAUUUUCCAUCUGUUCUGACAGCACUGUUGCUCCUGGGCUUAAAUCCCUCUACUAUCCUGAAAAUAAUGCAUAAGUGUCCAGAAGUAUAUUCAGUUAAAGGUGCAGACUUACAACAGCGCAUUGAUCAUCUGAGGAAGAUGGGACUGGUUGAAGGUAGUCUGCAGAGGAUGAUCAGUCACUACCCCAAGGUCAUGCUCCUGCCAGUCAAGAGGGUAAACAUGGUGUCCCGACUGCUCAGAGAGAAAUGCCUCUUCACCAUCCAUCAUGUCACAGACAUCCUCAGAGACUCGCCUGAGGUUCUGGACGAGGAUUUGGCUCAGCUGGAGUACAAAAUUCAGUAUGCGUAUUUCCGUAUGGGUGUGCGGCAGUCAGAGAUGGUAAAGGCAAAGCUAUUCAGGUUGCCUCUGUCUGAGCUACGCUGUCGUCACUGUUUUCUGGAGCGGAGGGGAUUGUACCAGACGCCAGACAAGAAGGGCCAAACACUCAUCCUCAACCCCCCGCUCAAAGACGUCCUCUGCGUCUCUGAGGAAACCUACCUGACACAGGUCGCCAUGGCAACUGCAGAGGAGUUCCAUGUUUUUCGCAAGCUGAUGGCAAGAGAGCAGGAGGAAGAAGGGAGGGAGGAAGAAUACAGCAGUGAUGAAGAUGAGGAAGAUAAAGAUGAUGAUGAUGACGGACUGCACAGGAGAAAGCGUCACUGGAACACUGGUUACAAGAAGGAGAGGAAAUGAGGCAUUUUGUAUUAAAUAUGCAAAAUUAAUAAAGACUAUUUCAUUCAUCAAAAUUACAUAAUGCUUUGUUUUUGUUUUUUCAGGAUAUAUGCUGGUAGUAUCUCAUGUUUUGCAUAAAAGACCUAACAUAUGCAAAGCACUUCUGUUUACAGGCUGGUGGUCAUGCCAACAUUUUUGUAUAUUAUUUGUUUGUUUAAUCCUCCAUCUCAUUUAUUGCUUUAUAAGCUUUUACCUCCGGAUAUGAGGUGCAUAGUAGUGUCGAGGGACAUUGAGGUAAUAAUGGUGUUAGUGUUAGUUUAUCUCAACGGCCUGUCAUGGGGAGGGUCAGCAUAAUUUACACCAAAUGCUGAGUAACCAUGGAGAGCUGAAAGAGUGUUAGUGCCGUGCGAUCGUUUACGGAUCUGUGCGCAUCAGUGGAACGCCUGCUCUCCGAUAACGAGGACAGAGUCGGGUGGUAUUGAUCUGGGGCGACAUUAGUUUAAUGGAGGCCUGGGUGGAAGCAGCAGUUACUGCACAUGUGGAUGUGUGGAACAGGUACGCAAGUCAUUUUAACACGAUUAAUCGAUUGUUAGUCCAUGCGUUCAUAUUGAAUUCUUCCUCUUUCAACUGUUUGUCGAUGAAACGGGGCUGAAACUUACAACAGUGUUUUGUUCAGUUUGAGCUACAGUAUGUACCAUCUUAUAAUUAUUUGUGUAUUUAUUAGAGUUUUUAACACCAGUACAACAAACAAGCACAUUAUUUGCAUUGAUUUGUAUUGCUUGUCAAACAUGCUACUGGCAUUUGUGGUUGAUAUUUGGAAGUAUCAUUCAAGCUCAUUCAAUUUCACUCAAAAGUAUUUUUGUUACAUUUCAUACUCAUCACUAUUAACCCUUGGAUUUGUGACGGAAUGUUUUCUUGAAAAUGUACGGACUCACAUAUUUUCAUACUCCUAUUAAUCUUUCUUUCUUUUUUAUGUAGUAUUAUUAGUAACAUUAACUUUCCAUUGUAACUUUAGGGAUAGUGUGUAGUCUGUUUGUUUUUAUUCUCUUUU